AUUUUAAACUAUUUGUAGCGGCCAAAGGAGCAGCAGAAGGUGAAACAGUGUUGGCAACAUCUGCAACAGCAAUAGCGUUAAAUCUAGUAAAAACCCGUGGAAUUUUAGGCCUGUACAGAGGCACUGCAGCAACAAUGCUUAGAGAUGUCAAUUUCUCUGUUGUUUAUUUUCCUCUUUUUGCACAUCUGAAUUCUUUGGGUCCACGUAGACAAGACGGAACAGGUGAAUCUGUCUUUUGGGUAUCAUUUCUUGCGGGAUGUGCAGCUGGUUCAACAGCAGCUUUUGCUGUAAAUCCUUUUGAUGUAGUGAAAACUAGAUUACAAGUACUAAAAAAAGGAAGAGGAGAGAUAACAUACAAUGGUAUCCCUGAUGCAUUCAGGAAAAUUUGGCAACUAGAAGGCACAACUGCUUUUUUCAAAGGUGCUGGCUGUCGAAUGAUAGUUAUUGCUCCUUUAUUUGGAAUUGCUCAGACAGUUUAUUAUUUAGGUGUUGCUGAGUGGCUGUUAGGACGUAAUAAAGAAAGUGGUGACACAGACAAUUAAAAUGGCAUUUCAAAAGAAGAGGAGAAGUAUCUUCCAUUUUUGAGAAUUUACAUCAGUUAAAAUGUCUAUUGUUUGUUAUAUUAGUAUAUUUUUAGAAGAAUAUAUUAUUUAGAGAUAAGGGAGAAAUGCUUUGCUGCUAAUUUAUUAAGUGCAGCUUGCAUAAACUUCUUAUUAAUAGCAUUCCUACUUUUUUUUAAAUUUGAAUUUCUAGCUGUAUAUUAGCAAUGACUUUUUACUAAAUUAGCAUUCCUUUAUUUUUAAUUACUUUUAGAAAGUUUAGUUACUGUAAGUUUAUGGGACUAAUUUUAAAAAAAAUGAACAAUUGUUUUCUUGAUUUGUACAAAAUAUAUAUUUUUGUAUAGCUUUGUUUUGAAAUUCUUUAGUGCUAAAGAUGCUAAUUAAUUAAUGAUGAGCAAAUUUUUCAAUGUUAACUAGCUGUUGUGUUGUUAAAUGUUGGCAAAAUAAUGCUAAUUUUUUUUUCUCCUGUAUACGAAACAAAAAACAUUCCAAAAAAAAUAAAUUAUAUAUCUAUAUACAUACAUAUAUUUAGCAAUAGAAUGAGACAAAUCAUAUUAAACUGUUGCAAAGUUAAAUUUUAUAUUAAUUUUAUAAUCUGUUGAUUAUGUGAAUCAUGUUGUUUAAUUUGAUGCACGCUGGCUUACUGUAUCGGUAGAGUAUGAGUAUAGCGUACCUAUAUUUUCAUAUAUCGAUGUAAGGCGUAAAUAUAAGUGAUCAGUAUCACACAAACAUUUCAGUUUUCAUUCAAGCUGUAGUAAAAUUUUAAAUCUUGGGAAAAAAUUCUAUUUUGAAUUGUUAUUUAUAAACACCAGCCAGAAAUGAAUUAUUUCACAUCAAUAAUUUACAUUCAAAUAGUGUGACAGGGACCAUUAAAAUUUUAAAAAAAUUACUAAAAUUUUGCUACAGUUUGUUUAAAUAAUCAUUUAUAAUAAUUUAAUUUUCACAUAAAAUCAUGUACCUAGUCAUGAUUUGCUUUUUUUGCAAGAAAGACAUUUGUUUGCACAAAAUCAAAAAUUUUAUCCUAGCAUUCCAAUUUAAAAAAUGUAUACAGUUUUAGUAUGUUAUUUUGACUAUAAAAUAUCUGAUGUAACUUGCUUAUGUAGCAGAAGAGUGAAACAUUUGUGAACAAUUCAACUAAAAGCACUUCUGUCAUUUACAGUCAUAGAGAUGUUUAUCAUAGCCUUGUGCCUUAAAUGUGUCUAUUGUAUUUUUAUUUGGAAAUAUUCAUUGGAACAAUACAUGUUUUGAACCAUUGUACUAGGCAUUAACAACUAGUCUCAAUCAGAUUUACAAAUGUUUAAACUAAAUCUGAUAUUGGUAUCAUGAACUGUACUAUUUGUAAUUAUAAUAAAAUCUUGUUGAAAAA